CAUAGGCUGAAAUAUGAAAAAAUGCUGUUGUAAACUCUGAAGUUUUACUUUAAAGUAGAUUCAGCCUCUCUGAUCACCAUUUUUGACUGCUCUGUUCUGUAGGUUACUAUGUGGUCACUUGAAUUUGUUAGAGAGACCUACAUUUGCAUAUUGUGAAUUAUUAAAGGAGAGGUGUAUGAUUUCUGUGCAGGAGGGCACAUAAGCAAAAUGGAGGGAGUUCUCCUGUCCUCCUUUGAUGUCAGGCAUCCUCUUCCUUGUGACCUACAGUAUCUGUUGACAUAUCUGAUGUGCUCUAUUAUCAGCAGCUCAGCUGUGCUUCACUGCAUGCAUCCCUUUUGACAGACUGUGCUUCUCAAAUAAAGCACCUAUAUGUACAGCAUGACAUUAUCCAAAUUAUCUUUGUUUGUCUGUACUGGAAAAAGAGGGGUUGAUUAAUGGUGCUAUAGGCAACUUGUAAUCCAGGACACAGGCCUAAAGUUAGUCCAGUCCAUUUGCCUGCUGAUACCAUCAGUGAUGCCUUGGACAUAUGAUGUGGACAGGUACUUAAUGUAAUGUGAUGCAUUCGCUCAUCUUGCACCCAGUGCAGCCUGAUGGAUCACCUGCCACAGAAAGAAAUCAGCCCAGACUGUUGUGGUACUAACAUGCAGCCUGGAUCCUGUGCAUUAAUUGAAGCCAGUCCAGCUUUACCGCCUCAGCUUGCAGUCAAGGAACCACUUCUUAUCAGCCCAUCAGAUGACCUAAAGAAACAGUGUGGAUUGAGUCCCGUGCAGGUGCCUACAAAAGUGACAGAUCAAAAGCAGUCAGGGCAUGCAAAGACUUCAUCCAUUCCUCUCGCAAGCAUAAGCCGGCCCAGACCAACUGCUCUUGGAAUGAAAGCUGCCCCAAAGACCGGAAUUCCAGUGGAGUCCUCCAAGGAAUUAGAUUUAAUCCCUGUUUGCAUUCCAGGACCCACAAGUGCAAAUGCCCAGCAACGUUCCCAGUCAGACUCCUCAUUCCCUGUCCACAGUCCCCAGAGCCCCCACAGCCCUCAGGCUUACCUGAUCCCCUCUCCCAGCCUGCCUCUGCCCAAACCCAAUCCUAACCUGCCCACCAGUGUCAGCUCCAAAGCUAGCCUCAGUCCUCAGUCACAGAGGACCCUUUCACCUGGAAGCUCAACACAGAGCCAGGCUCAGUCUGAGAGGCCUGGAGAGGAGAACAAAGACUUCAGGGUGUACAUUGUCACAUGGAACGUGGGAUCAGCUGUCCCACCAGAUGACAUCACAUCUCUGUUUGGACCAAAUGUUUCAGAUGGGAACAUUGACAUGUUCAUCAUCGGACUCCAGGAGGUCAACUCUAUGAUAAACAAGAGGCUGAAGGAUGUCCUUUUUUCAGACCAGUGGAGUGAGCUUUGCAUGGACACACUCAGUCCCUUUGGAUAUGUUUUGGUAGCAUCCCAGCGAAUGCAGGGUGUGCUGCUGCUGGUUUUCUCUAAAUUCUUCCAUCUUCCAUUUCUCAGAGGUGUGCAGACACAGAGUACACGCACAGGACUCGGGGGAUAUUGGGGGAAUAAAGGUGGUGUUAGCGCGAGGAUGACAGUGUUUGGCCACCCAGUGUGCUUUCUCAACUGUCACUUGCCAGCUCAUAUGAGAAACCUGGAGCAGCGGAUGGAGGACUUUGAAAGCAUCCUCCAGCAGCAGCAGUUUGAAGGGGGGACUGCUACUGGUGUACUAGACCAUGAUGUUGUGUUUUGGUUUGGGGAUUUAAAUUUCCGAAUUGAGGAUUAUGACAUCCACGUGGUAAAAUGCGCCAUUGACAGCAAUAAGCUGCCUCUUCUGUGGGAGCGGGAUCAGCUCAACAUGGCUAAAAACACAGAGUCCAUCCUGGAGGGCUUCAUGGAGGGACAGCUCAACUUCCCACCUACUUAUAAGUUUGAUGUGGGCACUCACACAUAUGACACCAGUGCAAAGAAGAGGAAACCUGCCUGGACAGACCGCAUCCUCUGGCGCCUUCGUCGCACUGGUUCCCCAGUUCCUACCCACAAUGCAGCACUGCAGCGGGGUCUGACCUCAUGGUUAGGUGGAGCAACUAAAGUGACACAGCAUGUGUACAGAAGUCACAUGGGCUUCACCAUCAGUGACCACAAACCGGUUUCUGCACUGUUUUCACUGGAUUUCCCCUUCAGGGUGGAAAUGCCUCUCGUGGAGCUGCAUGUGAACAAGGAGUGGUGCAAAGUCUCAGAUGCGACAGUGAGAUUUACUGUUGCAUCAACAUAUCAACGCAGCUCAUGGGACUGGGUUGCCAUUUACAAGGUGGGAUUCAGGCAUCACAAAGAUUACCAGGCAUAUGUAUGGGCAAAAGGAGAACAUGCAACACAGGUGACAUUCUCAGAGGAGGAUUUACCGAGAGACGAUUGUAAAUACAUCCUAGGUUACUACAGUAAUAAUAUAAACAGCAUUGUUGGAUUAUCAUCACCAAUUCAGAUCAAGGUACCAGCUCACAGCCCUACUGUGUGCCGCUCUGACAGCUCUGAUGUCAGCUCAGAAGAUGACAGCACUCUGGUUCUGCUGGCUCCCAGCUCCCGCAGCCCGAGCCCUAAAAUAGGCAAACGCCACCAUCGUCACCGUCGCAGUCGCAGCCCCGCUGUUCCAGCUCUUUCCACCAACCCCAUCCCCUCCCUGCAGGGCCUUAGCCUCUGUCCUCGCUCCAAAGAGAGCCCCGCACAAAGCCGCUCACCCUGCUCAGCUUCUAAGAAGGAGCGACUUGUCUCCCCUGACACUAUGCCAUCUCCCAUCAGCCCCCUCAGUCCUCGCAGCCCGGUGUCUCCAGGUAGUGGAGUAACAGCUCCGGAGGCCCUGAUUGUAGCAAUUUUAGGUGAACACAGUCCAGCUCAGGUUAGCCCUACAGGGGUCAAACACAUAGGGAAGCCAGAGGAAACAAACACAGUGAAGAAUGUAAAGAGUUAAAAUGAGGUACUGCGCAAUUGGAACAAUGGCAAUAUCCAUGCAUUCAGGAUAUGAUCUGACCCACAUUGUUACUGUGCUCAUAGAAGCAACAUGUGUAAUGACUCUUAUGUAGUUUGCAAACAUUCCACAUUGUAGCCCUAUCUACAUCAUCUCAUGCACUACUGUACUGUUUGUGUAUCUCAGAGUCAAGAAUGUGGCCAGACUCUUGAAGUGCUUUUAUAGACAGACUCAGAAACUCUAUCAUAAGUAAACAAACACAUUCAAUGUGAAACCAAAGUCUGAGUAAACCAGUGGUGGAUACAAUCUCUCAUUAUUGACAGCAAUAUGGAUCCAUGUAAACACUCUUGUUUCAAAAUAAGGACUCUUGAUGAUAAGUAUUGAUGGUAUUAUAGUUCACAACUGAGAGAGGACAUGUUUGUGUGUGUGUGUGUGUGUUGGGGGGGGGGGGGGGGGGGGGGGGUUUGUUUAAGCCUGUAUGUUAAAACAUAAAUCAAAUGUGUGAAAUAUACAUUUUGAACCUGAUGUUUCUAACUAUAAGACUUGGUCUGUAUUCAAAAGAUUCAUUUUAAGUAUCCAAGACCGGAGACUAAACAUUAGAUUAACUCAGUGUUAAAAAUUAUACAUGACCCUGUGAAUUUGAACAGUAAUCCGAAAACAAUGUUCUUAUUCUUCUUAGCUGCUUUGUGAAUACAGCCCCAGUGAGUGGAUUCUAACAUUGCUGUUGUGCCUCAAGGACACUGUUGUUUUUGUGGGAGUGCAAAUAAAAUGAAAACAUAUAACUGAAUCAACUAAUGUUGUUUAUUGAAUAAUUUAUGUAAAAGAAAUACUUAAUUUGUGCGUUUUCACAGAUGUGUUUACCAAGGUAAUAUCACACUUCAGACUUUUAAUAGAUAAAAGAAAAACCACUACCUGCAGCAAUGCUUAAACUCCAAUACCUUGACUCUGACCCCAGCCUCUUGAUGUAAAGUGGCCAAAGAAAAAAUUAAAAAUUAUGUAAUUAAUAAUUCUCCUGACAACUAAUAUCUUUUCAGGUAAUUCAGUUCAAUUC